CACUAAAGUGCCACCAUGAGCACAGACGCAGAGAUGGAGGGCUAUGGCCCCGCGGCCAUCUACCUCCGAAAACCAGAGAGGGAGAGGCUUGAGGCUCAGAAUACUCCAUUUGAUGCUAAAACCGCCUUCUUUGUGGCUGAACCACACGAGAUGUACCUCAAGGGUAAACUCACCAGUAGAGAGGGUGGUAAAGCCACUGUGGAGACUCUUUGUGGAAAGACAAUCACUGUUAAAGAAGAUGAUAUUCACCCAAUGAAUCCUCCAAAGUUUGAUAAGAUUGAGGACAUGGCCAUGAUGACCCACCUCAACGAGCCUGCUGUGUUGUAUAACCUCAAAGAGCGUUUUUCAUCAUGGAUGAUCUACACCUACUCUGGGCUCUUCUGCGUCGUCGUGAACCCCUACAAGUGGCUCCCUGUGUAUGAUACACAGGUCGUAAAUGGAUACAGAGGCAAGAAGAGGAUUGAAGCUCCACCCCACAUCUUCUCCAUCUCUGAUAAUGCCUAUCAGUUCAUGCUCACUGAUCGUGAGAAUCAGUCUAUCCUCAUCACCGGAGAAUCUGGUGCUGGAAAGACUGUCAACACCAAGCGUGUCAUCCAGUACUUUGCGACAAUCGCAGUGGCUGGAGGCAAGAAGGCAGAGACUUCUGGCAAAAUACAGGGUUCGCUGGAAGAUCAAAUCAUUGCAGCCAACCCUCUUCUAGAGGCCUAUGGUAACGCCAAAACUGUGAGGAAUGACAACUCCUCUCGUUUUGGUAAAUUCAUCAGAAUCCACUUUGGAACCACGGGAAAACUGGCUUCAGCUGAUAUUGAAACAUAUCUGCUGGAGAAGUCCAGAGUCACCUUCCAGUUGUCUGCUGAGAGGAGCUACCAUAUCUUUUACCAGCUAAUGACUGGUCACAAAGCAGAGCUCCUGGAGGCUCUUCUGAUCACCACCAACCCCUAUGACUACCAUAUGGUCAGUCAGGGUGAAAUCUCUGUCAAAAGCAUCGAUGACGUGGAGGAGUUCAUUGCAACAGAUACUGCCAUUGACAUCUUGGGCUUCACUGCUGAGGAAAAGAUUGGAAUCUACAAGCUGACUGGUGCCGCGAUGCAUCAUGGUAACAUGAAGUUCAAGCAGAAGCAGCGUGAAGAGCAGGCUGAGCCUGAUGGCAAUGAAGAGGCUGAUAAAAUCGCCUACCUCUUGGGCCUGAACUCAGCUGACAUGCUCAAAGCUCUGUGCUUCCCAAGAGUCAAGGUCGGAAACGAGUAUGUGACCAAGGGUCAGACUGUGCCACAGGUUCACAAUUCCACCAUGGCUCUUUGUAAGUCUAUAUAUGAGAAAAUGUUCUUGUGGAUGGUCGUCCGAAUCAACGAGAUGUUGGAUACCAAGCAGCCAAGACAGUACUUCAUUGGCGUGUUGGACAUCGCUGGAUUUGAGAUCUUUGAUUUCAACAGCUUGGAACAGCUCUGCAUUAACUUCACCAAUGAGAAACUGCAACAGUUCUUCAACCACCACAUGUUUGUCCUGGAGCAAGAGGAAUAUAAGAAAGAGGGCAUUGAGUGGGAGUUCAUUGACUUUGGUAUGGACUUGGCUGCCUGCAUUGAGCUUAUUGAGAAGCCGAUGGGCAUCUUCUCCAUCCUUGAAGAGGAGUGCAUGUUCCCCAAGGCCUCAGACACAACCUUCAAGAAUAAGCUGCAUGAUCAGCAUCUUGGCAAGACUAAAGCCUUUGAGAAGCCAAAGCCAGGGAAAGGCAAAGCUGAGGCUCACUUCUCCCUGGUUCAUUAUGCUGGUACAGUGGACUACAACAUCACUGGCUGGCUGGACAAGAACAAGGACCCCCUGAAUGAUUCAGUCGUCCAGCUCUACCAGAAGGCCUCUAACAAACUGCUUUGUCUCUUGUAUGCCGCUCACGCUGGGGCUGACGAUGCUACUAAGAGCAAGAAAGCUGGCAAAAAGAAGGGAGGCUCCUUCCAGACUGUGUCUGCUCUUUUCAGAGAGAACUUGGGCAAACUGAUGACCAAUCUAAGGAGCACCCAUCCUCAUUUUGUCCGUUGCCUGAUUCCCAAUGAGUCAAAGACUCCAGGUCUUAUGGAGAACUUCCUGGUCAUCCACCAGCUCAGAUGUAAUGGUGUGCUGGAGGGUAUCAGAAUCUGCAGAAAGGGCUUCCCCAGCAGAAUCCUCUAUGCUGACUUCAAGCAGAGAUACAAAGUAUUGAAUGCCGGUGUCAUCCCAGAGGGACAGUUUAUUGACAACAAGAAGGCUUCAGAGAAACUAUUGAGCUCCAUUGAUGUGGAUCACACUCAGUACAAGUUCGGACAUACAAAGGUGUUCUUCAAAGCUGGUCUGCUGGGUACCCUGGAGGAGAUGAGAGAUGACAAACUAGUUAAGCUGGUGACCAUGACUCAGGCUCUCUGCAAAGGUUACCUCAUGAGGAAAGAGUUUGUCAAGAUGAUGGAGAGGAGAGAAGCUAUCUUCUCAAUCCAAUACAACAUCCGCUCAUUCAUGAAUGUGAAAAACUGGCCAUGGAUGAAUCUGUACUUCAAGAUCAAGCCUCUUCUGAAGAGUGCUGAGACUGAGAAGGAACUGGUUAAGAUGAAGGAGAACUAUGAGAAGAUGACAACAGACCUUGCUACUGCCCUGGCCAAGAAAAAAGACCUGGAAGAGAAGAUGGUUUCCCUGAUCCAGGAGAAGAAUGACCUACAACUGCAAGUAGCAUCUGAAGGUGAGAACCUCUCUGAUGCCGAGGAAAGGUGUGAAGGGCUAAUUAAAAGCAAGAUCCAGCUCGAGGCUAAACUCAAAGACACAACUGAGAGACUGGAGGAUGAAGAAGAAAUCAAUGCUGAGCUGACUGCCAAGAAGAGGAAGUUGGAGGACGAAUGUUCUGAGCUGAAGAAAGACAUUGAUGACUUGGAGCUUACUUUGGCCAAAGUGGAAAAGGAGAAACACGCCACAGAAAACAAGGUGAAGAACCUGACAGAGGAGAUGGCAUCUCAAGAUGAGUCUAUUGCCAAGUUAACCAAGGAGAAGAAAGCCCUGCAGGAGGCUCACCAGCAGACACUGGAUGAUCUCCAGGCAGAGGAAGACAAAGUCAACACUCUGACCAAGGCCAAGACCAAGCUGGAACAGCAAGUGGACGAUCUUGAGGGUUCACUGGAACAAGAGAAGAAGCUCCGUAUGGACCUUGAGAGAGCCAAGAGAAAGCUUGAGGGAGAUCUGAAACUGGCCCAGGAAUCCAUAAUGGAUCUGGAAAAUGACAAGCAGCAGUCUGAAGAGAAAAUCAAAAAAAAAGACUUUGAGACCAGCCAGCUCCUCAGUAAGAUUGAGGAUGAACAGUCCCUUGGUGCUCAGCUUCAAAAGAAGAUCAAGGAGCUCCAGGCUCGUAUUGAGGAACUUGAAGAGGAGAUUGAGGCGGAGCGCGCUGCUCGGGCCAAAGUGGAGAAGCAGAGAGCCGACCUCUCCAGAGAACUUGAGGAGAUCAGUGAGAGACUUGAAGAGGCUGGAGGAGCAACAGCUGCUCAGAUUGAGAUGAACAAGAAGCGUGAGGCUGAAUUGCAGAAGUUGCGUCGUGACCUCGAGGAGUCCACCCUACAGCAUGAAGCCACUGCAGCAGCUCUCCGCAAGAAGCAGGCUGACAGUGUUGCAGAGCUGGGCGAGCAGAUUGACAACCUCCAGCGUGUCAAACAGAAGCUGGAGAAGGAAAAGAGCGAGUACAAGAUGGAGAUCGAUGACCUCUCUAGCAACAUGGAGGCUGUUGCCAAAUCAAAGAGCAACUUGGAGAAAAUGUGCAGAACUAUUGAGGACCAGCUGAGUGAACUGAAGUCCAAAAAUGAUGAGAACGUUCGCCAGCUGAAUGACAUGAGUGCACAGAGGGCAAGACUCGCAACAGAAAAUGGUGAGUAUUCUCGCCAGCUGGAGGAAAAAGACGCUCUUGUCUCCCAGUUGACCAGAGGCAAGCAGGCGUACACGCAACAGAUUGAGGAGCUCAAGAGGCACAUUGAGGAGGAAGUGAAGGCCAAGAAUGCCUUAGCCCAUGGUGUCCAGUCAGCUCGCCAUGACUGUGACCUGCUCAGGGAGCAGUUUGAGGAGGAGCAGGAGGCCAAGGCAGAACUGCAGCGGGGAAUGUCAAAGGCCAACAGUGAGGUGGCUCAGUGGAGGUCCAAAUAUGAGACUGAUGCUAUCCAGCGCACUGAGGAACUGGAGGAGGCCAAGAAAAAGCUUGCCCAGCGUCUGCAGGAUGCUGAGGAAUCCAUUGAGGCUGUGAACUCAAAGUGUGCCUCUUUAGAGAAGACCAAACAGAGGCUGCAGGGUGAGGUGGAGGACCUCAUGAUUGAUGUGGAGAGAGCGAAUGGACUGGCUGCUAACCUUGACAAGAAACAAAGAAACUUUGAUAAGGUCCUGGCUGAGUGGAAGCAGAAGUAUGAGGAGGGUCAGGCAGAGCUGGAAGGAGCCCAGAAAGAGGCUCGUUCUCUCAGCACUGAACUGUUCAAGAUCAAGAACUCUUAUGAGGAGUCUCUGGAUCAGCUGGAAACUACUAAGAGGGAGAACAAGAACCUGCAGCACGAGAUUUCAGACCUGACUGAGCAGAUUGGUGAGACUGGAAAGAGCAUCCAUGAGCUGGAGAAGGCCAAAAAGACAGUGGAGACUGAGAAGUCUGAAAUUCAAACAGCCCUGGAGGAAGCAGAGGGCACACUGGAACAUGAGGAGUCCAAGAUUCUCCGUGUUCAGCUUGAGCUCAACCAGAUCAAAGGUGAGGUUGACAGGAAGCUUGCAGAGAAGGAUGAGGAGAUGGAGCAGAUCAAGAGGAACAGCCAGAGGGUGAUUGACUCCAUGCAGACCACUCUGGACUCUGAGGUCAGGAGCAGGAAUGAUGCACUGAGAGUCAAGAAGAAGAUGGAGGGAGACCUGAAUGAGAUGGAGGUUCAGCUGAGCCAUUCCAACAGGCAGGCUGCUGAGGCUCAGAAACAACUGAGGAAUGUCCAGGGACAGCUCAAGGAUGCCCAACUGCACCUUGAUGAUGCUGUCAGAGCACAUGAAGACAUGAAGGAGCAGGUUGCCAUGGUGGAGCGUAGAAAUGGUCUGAUGCUGGCUGAGAUUGAGGAGCUGAGAUCUGCUCUGGAACAGACAGAAAGAGGUCGCAAAGUGGCAGAGCAGGAGCUGAUUGAUGCCAGUGAGCGUGUGGGACUGCUUCACUCUCAGAACACCAGUCUAAUAAACACGAAGAAGAAGCUGGAAGGUGACCUUGUCCAGGUUCAGGGUGAAGUGGAUGAUUCGAUCCAAGAAGCAAGAAAUGCUGAAGAGAAGGCCAAGAAGGCUAUCACUGAUGCAGCCAUGAUGGCUGAAGAACUGAAGAAGGAGCAGGACACCAGUGCUCACCUGGAGAGGAUGAAGAAGAACCUGGAGAUCAACAUCAAGGACCUGCAGCACCGUCUGGAUGAGGCCGAGAGCCUGGCCAUGAAGGGUGGCAAGAAGCAACUCCAGAAACUGGAGGCUAGGGUACAUGAGCUGGAAUCUGAAGUUGAUGCUGAGCAGAGACGUGGGGCCGAUGCUAUUAAGGGAGUCCGCAAAUAUGAGAGGAGAGUGAAGGAGCUCACCUACCAGACUGAAGAAGACAAGAAGAAUAUGAGCAGACUUCAGACUCUGGUGGACAAGCUGCAGCUCAAAGUGAAGGCCUACAAGAGACAGGUUGAGGAGACUGAGGAGCAGGCCAACACUCACCUGUCCCGGUUCAGGAAGGUGCAGCAUGAACUGGAAGAAGCUCAGGAGCGUGCUGACAUCGCUGAGUCCCAGGUCAACAAGCUGAGAGUCAAGAGCCGUGAUGCUGGAAAGUCUGAUGUUGCUGAGUAAGCGGAUACAUGGUUACGUCCCUCCUAAGUGUUCAUAAAAUAUGAGUCAUCAACUAAAUCAUCUUCUGUUAACAAGUCAAUAAAAGGUGCUGUUUCAUGAUAA